AGGCUUAAACUCUAAACACGAAUAACAGAGCAGCUGGCAAGAGGCAGGUCCGUGCCCGGGGCCUUCCGGGCGUCUUCUCACCCGCUGCUCAUCGGCUUGUGCAAGCGCGGCCCCAUCCUCUGCCGGCAGCGGGGGGCUGCCCACGGCCACCAGCGUGCCGGGGAGACCUCCCUUGGUUAGGAGGUGUCAGUGUUGUCAGGGCAACUGCCAGCAGCAGCGGCGUAUCGUGUUUGCUCCUCUUGCCUUGCCUGCUGAAUAUUUCAGCGUGCCGAAGCUGGCAGAGGGUCGCGGGGAAAGAGGUGCUGCGGGCUGGGGUCCAGCUGAGGCAGGGGAAGGCAGCGACAAGCAGCAUCUGAACCGACGUGCCUUUAGUUCAGGCUUCUCCUGGAGGUGGGGGAAGACUGCGAGCUCUUCGCCGCCGAGUGGAUGUUGGCGUCUGUCAGCUGUUUGCAUACCGCUUAUCCGUAGGGGAUCUAUCAGAAGCGCUCAAAUGAACAGGCAGCGUUGCAGCUAGCUGCUGAGCAGGGGCUGCGGUUUCUUACUUUUUUUUUCUUUUUUGAAAUAAGCAAGAGGCAGCGGCAACAUGCCUGGUUCAACUACUGUCCUCCGUCAAGAGCGAUUGAAGAAGACAAGUGCCAGGCCAAAUCCCCUGGGUUUAUUCACCAUUAACGAAGAGGACGAGCAGCAAAAGAACGGCAAUUCCAAAAGGCUGAAAGCUGAAGGUUCUAAAAUACAAGACAAGAAAUUCACUUCAGGACAAAGCAACACUGGAACUAAAACAGACUACUCGCCUAUACUAAAGGUCGAUGACAGGCAACGGCUUGCUAGAGAAAGGAGAGAAGAACGAGAAAAACAGCUAGCUGCAAGAGAAUCCAUCUGGUUAGAAAGAGAAGAGAGAGCUCGGCAACAUUAUGAAAAACACUUAGAGGAGCGCAAAAAGAAGCUUGAAGAGCAGAGAUUAAAGGAAGAAAGAAGGCGAGCUGCCGUAGAAGAAAAGCGAAGGCAGAGAUUAGAAGAAGAUAAGGAACGACAUGAAGCUGUUGUACGUCGCACAAUUGAAAGAAGCCAGAAGCCAAAACAAAAGCAAAACAGGUGGUCCUGGGGAGGAGCGCUACAUAGCCGCAUUAAUAACACAGAUCCAGACAGGCGGUCUGUUUCAACAAUGAACCUUUCGAAACAUGUUGAUCCAGUCAUUAACAAGCGGCUCUCCUCCUCAUCUGCAACAUUACUAAAUUCUUCAGACAGAGCUCGCCGUCUACAGCUCAGUCCAUGGGAGAGCAGCAUCGUUAGCAGGCUCCUGACGCCCACUCACUCAUUCCUGGCCCGAAGUAAAAGCACAGCUGCAUUGUCUGGAGAUGCAGCAUCUUGCAGCCCCAUCAGCCCUCUGUCCUACAAGACCAUGAACUGUAGGAAUACAGCAGACCGAGCAAAACUUUUUGCCUCUACUGAUGCUGUUGGACGUAGGAGAACACCACAUCUUACGGGGACUGACAAAAAAGAAAAGGAGAGAGACCAUUUGUCAUCUACCUUCUCAGCCAGCUUUAAAGGAGGUCACUUUUCUUCCAACCCCAAAACUAGAUCACCAGCUCCCUCUCCAGUUUGGCACGCAUCAAAGUCUUUGCCUUCUUUGCCUGGCACACCCAAGCAGGUAACUUCACCUGGUUCCUCCAAAGUGUCCUCUGCUCAGGCACGUCCUCCUUCUCCUGGCAAUAUCCGGCCUGUCAAAAAAGAGGUCAAACCUGAGAGUGAGAAGAAAAGACCAGAAAAGGAAGAUGAAAAGGUCACUGAAGAGAGGACAGAAGAGAGUAAAGGAACGUCGGCAGGUGCUGAAGAAUCUGCAAAUCAGGAAGAGCUUGCUGUCCAGGCAGAGGUUGGUCAAGCCAGCCCAUCCCUACCUCCUGCUCCACCAGCCCUUUCUCCACCGCCAGCCCCCGCGAAGACUUCUGCAGGUACAACUGAUCCUGAAGAAGCAACGAGGCUGCUGUCUGAGAAGAGGCGCCUUGCCCGUGAGCAGCGGGAACGGGAGGAGCAAGAGAGGAGAGAGAGAGAAGAGCUUGAAAGGCAAAAGAAGGAGGAGCUGUCCCAGAGGAUAGCUGAAGAAAGAGCUCGCCGAGAAGAAGAAGAAGCUCGCAGACAGGAAGCAGAAAGGAAACGAAAGGAUGCAGAGGAGGAGCGGGAAAAGGAGGAACGGCUGCGCCGACAGGCAGAAGAGAGAGAACAGAAGGAGAGAGAAGAGAUGGAGCGUAUUCAGAAACAAAAAGAAGAGGAAGCUCGCCUACGGGAAGAGGCAGAGCGGAUUCGGUUAGAACGUGAAAAGCAUUUCCAAAGAGAAGAGCAAGAGCGCUUGGAAAGGAAGAAGAGGCUUGAGGAGAUCAUGAAGAGAACUAGGCGUGUAGAAGCUGUAGAUAAGAAACCCAAUGACCAGCAAAACGGACACAUAUCAAAAGCAAAUAUUACUGGAGAAGCAGUCAUAACAAGUCCUUUAUCUCCUUUGGACCUUUCAGGAGGGCCUCAGCUUCAGCAUGCAACACAAUCUCCACACAAUGGGAAACACGUCACCUGCACGCACAUGAUUACUUCACAUCAACCCCCCAUAAAUAUGGACAGCAAUCUCAAUCCAGAGAAAAAUACAAAUGAAAAUGGAAUGUCUAUGCAGAAUGCUAACUUUGAAGAGAUCAUAAACCUGCCCAUUGGUUCUAAACCACCCCGGCUGGAUGCCAUGAACAAUGAUGGAAGCAAUAGUCCUGGAAUUCCUUUGAAUCCAAUUUUAGCUUUUGAAGAUAAGGGGACUCUUUUGCCUCAGGUAGAUAGUGUUCAAACACAUCAAACAGCAGAAGUGAUCUGAUUAUUUCUUCUGAAGAACCAAAGGUGAUGUAAGCAUCUCUGCAGUCAGUGGAGUUUCUUCCAUGCUAUGAAGGAGUGUUUUAUUUUUCUCUCCAGUUUUUUAAAGAUUUCUUGAAUAUCUUUUUUUGGGGGAAGGACUUUAGCAAAACCAGCAGAAGAAAUGAUGGGAAUAGACUUUGAUCACCUUUCCAAUAGUUUUCAUCACUAGAAAAAUCAUGCUUCACGUGCAUUACUUAAUAUGGCUUUUUCCAACAAGCUUUUUUUCUGUUAGUAAAUGGAUAUUUCUGCAUUCCUUAAGAUACAAGACACUGGAAUCUGAAAGCAAUGGGCUGAUUCGGGUGGUGGGACUGAUUCUUUUUCUAAAAGAUGGGUGUUGGUUUAAAAGGCAUAAUUGUAAAAUUGGCAAAGAAUCUUUUACACUUUGUGGUUCUAAUACUUGAAAAAUAAAUACCUCAUUGCUCUACAAGUAGAGUUAAUGAGGUGUUUUAUUUAAACCUGUUGGUUUAAAUAUUAUUGCAGAGAACUCUAAUUAUGGGGGCAAAGUAUAGGCUUCUGUAUCAGGUUCUUGUAAAUGUAAUUCCUACAGGGACAUUCUGUAAAUUGAGAUCACUAUGAUCUUCUCACGUUUUCUCUAAAAACACAAAACAAGGCAGGUUUUAAAAUGUGAAAAUUUGAAAGCGUUAUUUUUUCACGGACAAGAGGAAAAAACUAUUGUUCUCCUAGAUGAUGUAUUUAUGAAUUUUUGUUCAGUACAGAAGUAAAUUGUAUAAUUGAAUAAAUUAGAAAAAUGUGGUAAAAU